AUGCCCGACGACGCGACCCUGCCGCCGCGGGGCGGCGCGGCCAUCCUGCCGCCGCUCACGAACGAACCGCGCUGGGACCCGCAGCCCGUGCCGUCGCCGGCCGUCUACGUCGGGCAGCCCCCGGGCGGCGGCGUGGCGGCGGCCGCCGACGCCGUGCUCGAAGCGCUCGAGGGCAGCGUGCGGGCCCUCGAGGCCCUCGCGGACGUCAGCGACGACGCCGCGGCGGCGCUGCGCGCCGCCCGCGCGCGCUCGCUCGCCGAGCGGCUCGCGGCGGCCGCCGCGCGGACCGACGCGCGCGCGGCCGCCGCGUUCGCGCCCCGGUUGCCGGGCAUGUACCCCGCGUACCCCGACCACGACGCGGACGGCGCCGAGCGCGCCGACGCCCCGGCGAGCGACGGCGCCGCCGCCUCGGAGACCAAGGCCGCGGAGGCCGACGCGGCGGCGGUCCCGGAGGCGAAGACGCCGAAGACGCCCAAGGGCAAGGGCCGCGUCGUCCCCGUGGACUCGUCGCCGAAGAAGACGCCGCCGUCGACGCCCAACGGGACCUGGCGGUCCGCGGCCGUCGUCACGUCGAGCCGGCGCGUGCAGCGGCGGAAGCGGCACCGCGAGCGGCUCAAGGAGCGGUACCAGUCCAUCGACACGAACGGCGACGGCGAGAUCACGCGCGACGAGUUCACGGACGCCAUGUGCCACGGCGGGCUGACGAAGCGCGAGGCGCGGCGCGUCUUCUCCGAGCGCGACGAGAACGGCGACGGCACAAUGGACCAGUCCGAGUUCAUCUCCCUGCUGGAGUCGAAGCACCCGAUCCUCAUGCGCAUCGCCUGGGUGCGCGAACUGGAGAAGGGCUUCCACGACGGCGAGGACGACGAGAAGAUCGCGGCGCUGGACGUGGACGCGGGCCGGCGGCCCGUCUUCAUGCUGUCGCCCAACGACCGGAGCCGCGUGAGCUGGGACUGCGUGACGGCCUGCCUCCUGGUCUACGUGGCCAUCAUCGAGCCCAUGCGCCUGGGGUUCGACAUCGACCCGGCGCCCUGGUCCUUCGUCUUCGUGCUGGACUGGAUCUGCGACGUCUUCUUCAUCGCGGACUUUCUGCUCAACUUCCGGACGGGCUACGUCCGCGACACGGGCGACGUCGACCUGGACCCGAAGCGGUCGGCGUUGUAUUAUCUGCAGACCUGGGCGCUCCUGGACUUCGUGUCGACGAUCCCGCCGCUGCUCGAGUUCUUCGCGGGCAGCGGCAUGCGCGCGCUGCGGUCCGCGAAGGUGCUAAAGCUCGCGCGCAUCGGCAAGAUCGGCCGCAUGCUGAAGAUGUCGAAGAUCUUCCGGCUGGCCAAGGCGCUCAAGUUCGGCGAGAAGUUCCGCAACUCGCCCAUGGGCGACUUCCUCGAGGACUUCUUCGCGUCGAGCCAGACCAAGGCCAUGCAGCGCAUCUUGUACGUGCUCGUCAAGUUCGGGUUCCUGGCCCACUACCUGGGCUGCUUCUUCUCCGUCGCCGGCGAGUCGCACCUGCGCGAAUACGCGCCGGGCAACGCCAAGGCCGGCGGCAAGGGCGCGGACGAGUGGAGCCUGAGGGCGAGGUACCUCGCGUCGUUCUACUGGGCCGUGACGACGAUGACGACCGUGGGCUACGGCGACAUCACGCCCGUCACGGACCGGGAGCGCGUCACGGCCGUCGUCGCCAUGGUCGUCGGCGGCUUCUCCUUCGCCUACAUCGUCGCCCAGAUGACGGUCAUCGUGCGAGCGUACGACGCGCACAUGGAGCCCUACCAGCAGAAGAUGGACCGCGUCUACGCCUGGCUGAGCUACUACGACGUGCCGCCGGCCGUGCGGCGGCACGUGCGCCGCUACUACCGCACCUACUUCGCGCACCGGACCGCCUUCGACGAGCGGUCCAUCGUCGAGGACCUCGACCCCGAUUCGCAGAAGCUGGUGGCGGACUACGUGCUGCCGUCCUGCGUGCGCCACAACGACCUCUUCGCGCCGCUGCCGCGGGGCGCGAUCUGCAAGAUUCUGCACUUCAUGCGCUGGAUGAAGUUCGAGCCGGAGGCGCGCGUCGUCGGCGAGGGCGACAAGUGCUCGACGAUGUUCAUCAUCUACACGGGCAAGUGCUGGAUCUCGCGGUCCCGGGGCACGAAGACCAUGGCCCACCCGGGCGAGUCCUUUGGGGAGAAGGCCGUGCUCGGCGUGUCGUCGUGGUCCGAGCUCACGGCGACGGCGCUCACGCCGCUCGAGGUCAUCGCGCUCACGCAGAACGACUUCAUGCAGGCCUUCGUCACGCUGCCGGAGGCGCUCGUCGCCAUGCGCCACGGCAUCUCCGCGGACCUGGGCCUCGCGGCGCCCAUGCCGACGACCUUCACGCACCUCACGGACGCGCGGCGCGAGGUCGACGUCGACAAGGCCGCGCUGAGCCCGACGCCGCCCGAGCCGCGGCGCGUGCUCGACGGCUAG